UCUCCAAUAACCAGAGAAACAAUUGAGAAGAACAACUUCAACUGAAUCCAAUGGUGGGUGCAUUCUCACCAAAGACAACACAAACAACCACUGCUCUGUUCAACCCAUCAUCUGAAAGAACUUCGACUUCUCAUUUGUCACUCUUCAAGAACUCAAUUUUAGAUGCCAGUGGGUUUUCUUCAAAGCAAACUUCGUUUCUCAGAGGUCAGUUUUGUAGCAGACAUUUUGUUGGGUUUUACUGCAAACCUACUCAAAGAAAACAACCAGGGCAUGUUGUUUCACCAAGCUGUGUCCUUCCCUUGACUGAAGAAAACGUGGAGAAAGUAUUGGAUGAGGUACGACCUAGUUUGAUGGCAGAUGGAGGGAAUGUGGCACUACAUGAGAUAGAUGGCCUUGUAGUGGUAUUAAAACUUGAAGGAGCUUGUGGAUCAUGCCCCAGCUCCACUAUGACACUAAAGAUGGGAAUCGAAACUCGCCUGCGUGAUAAAAUACCAGAGAUUAUGGAAGUGGAGCAGAUUCUGGACACUGAGACGGGCCUUGAUCUGAACGAGGAAAAUGUUGAAAAGCUUCUUGCGGAGAUUAGGCCAUAUCUGGCGGGCACAGGAGGUGGAAUUCUGGAGCUUGUAGAGAUCAAAGACUACAUUGUUAAAGUUCGGUUAAGUGGACCAGCAGCUGGGGUCAUGACAGUACGUGUUGCUCUAACUCAGAAACUGAGAGAAAAAAUACCUGUAAUAGCAGCUGUGCAGCUGAUAGAAUGA